AGAAGAAAUCACGAGAUAUCAGGUCCAACUUCAGAUAAUGUAAUAGAUAACGAAAACAAUUCAGAUGAUGGCAUGGAUGCAAACAAAGAUGUAGAAGGUGCAGACGGAACAGAAGCAAUUAACGAGGAAGCAGCAGACGAUUUGGUCCCAGUUCGGCGUUGGAUACGUGUACAUUACACAAAAAUGACAAGGAAUAAUGAAGCAAGAUGCAUUCAUUGUGAUGGAAAAUUUAUUAUAUAUAUGAAAAAUUUAGCUAUUUUACAUAAGCACUUGGUGGAGGCACAUGCAGACAAAUUAACAAAAGAAGAGAAGAACGAUAUGAAAUUCCAUUGGACUUGGGACUAUUUUACUAGAAAAGAAGAUAGAGAAUCAACAUGCAAAUUAUGUAAAGCAAGAAUUAAUCAUAAUAAUAACCAGAACAUAGUAAGAAGUUUAAAGGAACAUUUAAAAAGUAUUCAUAAGAUAUUCGGUCCCGGUUCAGAUAAACACGUGGAUAACAAGAACAUUUCGGGUAAUGUGGAUGCAGACAGGAAUACGACUAUAAGGAAUGCAAAAUAUCAAGAAGACUUAUCUAUCCCAACAGGUUCAUGUAACAAUUCAUACGUAAAAACAGGAGGAACAGAAGAUCUUAACGA